AUGUGUCUCUUGUUUUUUAUACUCUGCAUCGAACUUUUGUAUUCUAACGCCUUAGUCUCUGGCGAGUGGACGAAGGGAGAGGAAAUGAGGAACAAAAGCGUUGGAAGGUCGAAGAGAGAGUUCGAGGGCGAGUACCUGGUGUUUCCGGAAGGCAGCAAUAUUCAAUUGGUGUAUUGCAUGACCAUCACUACCUACGCGAAGCCUGAGGGAAUGUUCAACAUCGGAUUGACGGCUGGCCAGGCAUGGGAGUUGCCCUCGAAGAGCACGCUGUCGAACACGUUCGGGGAUUACCAUCGUCGAAGCAGAAGGCAACUGUACCGUAAGAUGGAGCUUCUUUUGGGAAGCCAAGGCAAAGAUGGAAAGGCCUGCGUCCUGAAGGCAAUCUGCAACGCCUCUAGAAGGAGUCGGAGUGAGAUCGGGAAUGGCCAUUUCCUCGCAGAGAUCAUGCACGCUGUGUUUUCGUUACCAGCGAGCUACGACGACACUGAUUCAAUGACCGAGUACGAGAGAGCUUACUUCCUAAAAGAGAAUUGCAACGAAGCGCAGCGGAGAUGUCCGGAUGUGUUCUAA